CCGCCUUAGUAAACAAUGCCGCCGCCGCGGCGUAAACAUUAAAAACGUUGUUUUCUCCAGUGUCUGCUGUCGCCAGCGGCCAGGGGCACCCUGACACCUCCCUCUGCGCCCACCCCCAGCCCCACAACCCUGGGCAUGAUACAGACUCUCGUCAGAAACACGUAGAUUGAUGUAGAGGUGUUGGGGGACUUGAGGCAAGAAGCUGGGUUGUGGUUUUGAACCUGAUGCUCCUUGGAAAGUGAAGAUGAAUGAUCCUUUACACGAUCCCCUUGGGGUAGAGCCCCUUGGGGAAGAGCCUUGUGGGGAAGAGCCUCUUGGGGAAGAGCCCCUUGGGGAAGAUCCCCUUGGGGAACAUUUGGAUUUUGAAAUUAAGGAAGAACCCUUCGAGUUUUUUGAAGAGAAUAUGAUGGAUGGUGAUGCUGGUUGUGAUAAUGGUGGUGGUGGUGGUGAUGAUGACUCUGAUGCUGCUGCCAAUGUUUGUAUGAUCUGUGGAAACUCUUUACAUUUUGGUCGUGUUGUCACUGUAACCCGAGGAUUGCAAAGAAUAAGAGAAGCUAGUCUUCAGAAACAAGAUGAUAUAGUCGCAAAACUGGAAAAGGUUUCAUCGGUAAGAUUGCACACUAAAUGCCGAAAGGACUACACCAGGCCCAUGCCACUGAAAUGGACAUUAGCAAGAAAUAUCAAGAUAAACCAGUCGCAGCAACCUGAUACUCUGCAAGUAUGUUGGGUAUCAGAAGGAGUCACAAUCAUUGAAAAUGGAGGUGAAGCAUAUGAAGAAAAGGAAGAAAUGGAAAGCACACCAGAUGUGGACUGUCUGAGUAGCUCCUCGGAGCACACUGUGGACAGUCAGUACAACACUCCAGGCAUAUAUAAGAGUUCAAUAGAAGUGGAGGAAAAGUGCUCAAUUAAUGGCACGAUCUUUCCAGAUGAAAAGUCUAUUCUCCAUAAUAUGAAGAAGAUGAAGAAGUGCUCUGUAGUUCUAGGUGACUUGAAUAUAGAGAAUUUCAAAAAUGACAUAAAGAAGGUAUCUCUAAAGAAACCAAGCAUAAAGAAAACAGUCACAGAUAAACUAAGCAUAAAGAAGACAGCGAAUGAGAAACUAGGCAUAAAGAAGAUGGGCACUGAGAAAAUAAACACGAAGAAGGCAGCUAUAGAUAAGCCAAGCAUCAAGAAAUUACCCAUAGAGAAACUAUACAUAAAGAAGAUACCAGUAGAGAGACCAAACGUAAAGAAGGGACCCAUAGAGAAAAUAACCAUAAAGAAGGCAGCCAUAGAGAAACCAAGCAUAAAAAAGGCAGCCAUAGAGAAACCGAAUAUAAAGAAGGCAGCUAUCGAGAAACUAUUCAUGAAGAACAUAUCCAUAGAGAAACCAACCAUAAAGAAGGGACCCACAGAGAAACCAAGCAUAAAGAAGGUACCCACAGAGAAACCAAGCAUAAAGAAGUUACCCAUAGAGAAACCAAGCAUAAAGAAGGUACCCACAGAGAACCCAAGCAUAAAGAAGCUACCCAUAGAGAAACCAAGCAUAAAGAAGGUACCCACAGAGAACCCAAGCAUAAAGAAGCUACCCAUAGAGAAACCAAUCAUAAAGAAGAAAGAAGAGAAAUGUAAUUGUCUUAUAAAGAAGGAAAUAAAAUACCCUCCGAAUGAAGAAACAGAAUGUCCUGUCACAAUAGAAAACGAGGGGAAGUACAAGAGAGAGCUUGAAUGCCAGCUAGCCAAAUACAGGUCAAACAUCAAGAGGAUGCAGAAGAUCUUGGAUGAAGAGAGAGCAAAAAUGUUGAAAGUACAAAGCACCCUUGUAAACAUGAGGCGAAGACUGAGACGACGUGAGCUAAAGAUGAUUAAAAUCAUGAAAAAUGAGAAUGAUGUUAAAGAGGAGAAAGAGGACAACGAGGAAUGGAAUGGCCCUACAAUGGAAAGAGAAAUGGAAGUUAAAGGACCAAUCAUAUUAGAAGAAACGGCGAAUAAAAAGAGAAAGGGAAUAGAGCAAUUUACUAAAAUGAAGAUGCAAAAGUGUGGACACAUGAAAAGUAAUGAGGGAGGAGAGGAAAUAUUGAUAAUGGAAAGUGAAAUAAAGAAACCAAUUAAAAAAGGGGUGGGACAAGUAAAGAAAAGGGAAAAAGGUGAACAAGUAAAGGCGAUGAAGGCCAUGAUGAGGGUAGACGCACCUAACAAAAGGGAAGAUUUUGAAGAAAUUACAAUAGAAGAGGUGCAGAAAAACACUCGGGUUCAAAGGGUUGAAGUUGAAAUAGAAGAAAAGAAUGUUAAACCAGAAAUACAAAUAGCCACCUCCCAUAUGCUCUGGAAUGUUUUGAGCCACAUCAAGACAGAACCUUACUUGACACACACAAUAGAGAGUACUAAGGAUAUGCUACAGCUUCCACACACCCAAUUUACUUUACAUCCACAUAACAAGUCAAUUCCCCCCGAUAUUCCGCUGUUGGUAAAGGAAUUUAUGCUACGGGAAGAUGUAUCAAAAGCGUGCUCACCUUUGCCCGAUACAGCUGAAGAAAUACCAGAUGCAAGGUAUCGUAUUCAUUACCUUUUAAUCCUCUACAAGCAGUUUGUAGCAGAACAUGGACUGCUGUGCGAUUAUAAAACAUUUGGUGUUUAUGUGCCCAAAAAUGUGAUCAAACCUAGUGCAGGCUUCUGGAAGACUUGCACCUGCUUCCCAUGCAUCAAUCCAGAACUUAAAUUUGAAAAGCUUAACUCUUUAGGUUUUCUGAAAAUGAGUGGAAUUGAAUUAGGAGAUAUCCUUUAUGAUACAGAAAUGGAGAACACACUUAUGGCACAGUUACGUAUAUUGAGGGAAUCCAGAGAUGUAUUUUCAUAUGAUGCUUGGGAACGAACCUGCAGUGGUACCAUACACUCGAAACGUAGAAGUGUAAGUGAGCCAGUUGGCAUUGUUGUGGCCAAGUUUUUUGAGGAGCUUAGCUUUUUAAAAUCUCAUAUACAAAAAAUAUUUUGUCAAUUAGAUGCUGCCAAACUGGCACGAGAAAGAGCUAUGCACUCAGCUGAUGAAGUUACAAUACACUUGGACUGUUCCCCAAUACCCAUAUAUCGCUAUGUUGGUUCCGAGUCUCCAUCAUCAGACAUUGCCACAAUCCUUACAAUUUUAACAGGCUACCUAUGGAGUGAAGAAGGUUACCAAUCUGUUAUUGCAAUAUCAGACAGCAAAGAUUACACAACAGCAGCUGUUUGGGCUGGUCUGGAGAAAAUAUUGCUUAAUUUAGUCCAGGCCGGUAAAACCAAAAUUAAUAUAAUAUCUGACUGUCCAACAAACCGAUACAGAAAUAAGAGUAAUUUUUACUACAUGAGUGAUUUUGCGCAAGUGUAUGGUGUUUGCUUCCGAUGGGUGUUUCUGGAGCUGGGCCACGGUAUUGGUCACGCUGGAAUUGUGAGAUCCGAAUUUGAUAAUGUUAUACGAGACCAAAUGUCUAAUAAUUCCAGUUUGCCAGUUAGGAAUAGCUGUGAUGUCCUUAGCUUGGUGCAGGCUCAUACAUCAUCCUCUGUCCACACAUACACAGAGGAAGAUGUCAAAAAGUAUAAGUUUUUGUUGCCAAAGUUACGUGUGAUACAAGGAACCCAAAAGUUUCAGGAAGUUAUUAUUCUCCCAGAGGACUUCUGGGUAAGGGAUGUGGUGAGUCACGAUGCUUUCAGAAAGCUAUGUAUAUGAGGGCUGAUUUUCUUCUCCAAAGUUUCAGUUUCUGUUCUGUUUUUAAUAUGUACAAUUCCAUUCAACGUAACGUCACUGUGGCCUAUUGCGUUGUCUAUUUUAAGAAUAUUUUUUAUGUUAAUGCUAUUAGCAAGCAUUAAUAGCACAGAGAUGCGAGAAAUUUGGGAAAUUUGACUGAUGGAGGUUAUUUACCCCUUGUAACAUUCAAAAUACCUUUCAUUAAUUGCACAUACCUGAAGUACAAGCAUUUAAAAUGUCCGUAAGAUUCUUAUCACUUUUAUUUAAAAUUUUAUCACUAAUCCCAAGUUAGCAUUGUAAACAGUUUUAUACUUAUAUUCUUAAUAUUGUUUUAAUUUAAAAUUUCUCAUAAAUAUGAUCAGCACUGUUAUUGAUAAAGUCUGCAAAAUUCUCUUUAAAGUUAAUUACAGUAAUGUUGUUUGUCUUGGUGAAGUACAGUAGAGUUCUUUGUCUCAUUGAGCUUAGUUUAUUGUCAUAAGCAUAUUAUUAUUCUCAUUCUUUUAAAAAUUAUUAAAAUCGUUUAUUUCAGAAUUAACUGAUGGGUGAUUGACUGUUCUGUGAUGGUUUUGUUCUUUGUCUCUGAAUAGAGCUUGUCUGUUGGGAAGGUGUAAGCUUGCUCUAAGUAAACAAUUAAAUCCUUUUUUAUUGGCUCCUAUACCCUUCUUUUUCUCAGUAAUUACAACUUUACCUACAUCAACAUUGCAAUCUUAGUUAACUAGAUUUUUGCACAAUUUUCUAAGGCUAGGCUGAGACUUAAGUGUUCAAUGCCUUUUCUUUAUAUCUGUAUAUCUAAAUACUCUUUAUUUUUUGUAUAAUCUGUUGGACAUCAUUUGCACUUGUGUCCUCAAUACAUUGAAAUCCCAGUCAUUUGAAAUUCUGUGGUUCUAUUACUUCUGCAUAUUUUUUUAACUGGAAAAUAAUUGGAAAUAAUAAAUGGGGACCUUCCUUAUUGAAAAUUAAUGAGGGAUGAUGUCUCUUACUACUUAUCUAUACAGUACUUGUAAUACAUUCCCAUUCCCCAGUAAUUUCCUCCCUCCAAGAUGGUGGCCUCAAGAGCGCCUCGAGGCAGCCCUGUCUGAAGGUGAUCGAGAGCUAUUAAUCCCGUAGACCAUCAUGAUAAUAAGCUCAUAAAUAUUGAGACACUACAGUGCGAUCAAUCUUGCAUUCCAGAGCUCCCCAGCCGCACGCUGGUCAUGGUAUUGUCUGUUCUGUGUAUUGUAAUUCUACAGGUUUUCCCUAUGAGCUGGCCAAUGACCAUUCCCUCCCUCUCUCCAAGUGCAAAGGUCAUCAGAAUAUUUGUUUUGGACCACUCUUUAUAUUACACCGUACUUCCUUGUUUUUUUCUGCUCUACCACAGCUUUUAUAUGGUUUUCUAGUGCCUAUUCCUAGUUUCUUCAUUCAGAAGCCUGAAAUUUAGGUUUAUCUAUUUCAUUCUUUGUUUAAGUUUCACUCCUAUACAUCAGGGAUGGAAGGAUUAUACCGUUAUGCAAGGCUUUCUUCAUGUCUGUAGACACUUGCUUAGGUUCCCUUCAAGAAAUGAUCACUGUACUUUGAUUCACUAUUCUCC